AUGCAGUAUUUCCUGAUAUUUCCCUCAUUGAACUUCGCACUGUCUGCUAAUGGGACCCUCUUCUCCACAACAGAAUUUGACUUUGAAGCAGGACACAAAAGUUUCCUCCUCACUGCCGGAGUGAGAGAUAGCCAAGGGCUCGAAGCCUCCACGACACUCCAGGUGAAUAUUGGGAACAUCAACGAUGAAACCCCUCGCUUUACCAGCCCAGCACGACUGUACUCGAUUCCCGAGGAGCUGGCUUUGGGCACCAUCGUGGCCAAUAUCACAGCUGAGGACCCCGAUGAUAAAGGUUCUACCAGCUUCCUCCUCUACAGCAUCACCACUGCGAACAGCUAUUUCAUGAUCAACCAGUUGACCGGUACGAUCCAAGUGGCCCGCAGGCUAGACCGAGAUGCAGGUCAAUUAAGACAAAAUCCCACCAUUUCUCUGGAAGUUCUGGUGAAGGACAGACCCUCGGGGGGCCAAGAGAAUCGCAUGCAGAUAACCUUCGUUGUGGAAGACAUUAAUGACAACCCUCCUACUUGUACCAAGUUCACCUUCAGCAUUAUGGUGCCUGAAAGAGCAGCCAAGGGGACGUCGCUUCUGGACCUGAACAAGUUCUGCUCUGAUGAUGACAGCAAAGCACCAAACAACCAAUUCAACUUCAGCACGCCAUCUGGAGUGGGGGUUAGCGGCAGAUUUUCACAGGAUCCAGCUGGCUCUGGAAAAAUCGUGUUGAUUGGUCACCUAGAUUAUGAAAACACAAGCAAUCUAGCAGCCGGCAAUAAGUACACUGUGAUAAUCCAGGUGCAGGAUGUUGCCCCUCCUUACCACAAAAAGAACAUCUACAUUUACAUCCUCACGAAGCCAGAAAAUGAGUUUCCUCUUAUCUUUGAUAGACCUUCCUAUGUGUUUGAUGUGUCAGAAUUAAGGCCAGCGAGAAGCCGGGUUGGACAAGUGCGUGCCACUGAUAAGGACUUUCCCCCGAGCCGCGUCGUGUACUCCAUCAACUCCGGAGGGGCCAGCCUCCAGUUCCCAAACAUAUUUUGGAUCAAUCCCCAGACAGGAGAACUCCAACUGGUGACUAAAGCCGACUAUGAAACAACUCCUGUCUAUAUUCUCAGAAUCCAGGCCACCAACAGCGAGGACACAAGCUCAGUCACAGUAACCGUGAACAUCCUGGAAGAAAAUGAUGAAAAGCCCAUUUGUACCCCAAACUCUUAUUUCCUGGCCAUCCCAGUGGAUUUGAGAGUAGGCACAAACAUUCAGAAUUUCAAGCUGACGUGUAUCGACCUUGAUUCCAGCCCCAGGUCUUUUCGUUACUCCAUUGGCUCAGGCAAUGUCAAUAGUCACUUCGCUUUCUCUCCCAGCGCUGGGUCCAACGUGACAAGCCUGCUCCUUGCGACACGCUUUGACUAUGCCAGUGGGCUUGACAAGAUCUGGGACUACAAACUACUUGUCUACAUAACCGAUGACAAUUUGCUGUCUGGCAGGAAGAAAGCUAAGGCUCGUGUUGAAACAGGGACAGUGACGCUGACUAUUAGUGUCAUUCCUGACCCAACCACAACUGCCACCACAACCACCAGGCCCCAGAUCAUCCACCAGGUCCUGAGAAAAAACAUCUAUUCUCCAUCAGCAUGGUAUGUGCCUUUCGUCAUCACUUUGGGCUCCAUAUUGCUUCUGGGCCUCCUGGUGUCCCUGUUCGUCCUGUUGGCCAAAGCCAUCCACAGACACUGUCCCUGCAAGACUGGGGAGCACAAGAAACCUCCGGUGAAGAAAGGAGAAAUGAAGAAUACAAAGAGAGGGGGUUUGGUGGAAACAGUCCAGAUGAACUCUGUCUUUGAUGGAGAAGCCAUUGACCCAGUUACUGGGGCAGUGUAUGAAUUCAACUCAAAAACUGGAGCCAGAAAGUGGAAAGAUCCCUCAACCCAAAUGCCAAGACGGCAAGAGCCCAGCCCCCACAGAGCUGCUCCAAGUAGACCUGUCACUGGGGAAGGGGCCCAGCCAGCCAGGAGCACCAGUGAGCAAGAUGGGCCGAGCAGCAAAGCCCAGGCUGGGGAUGCAAGGCCUUGUUCUGGAAAGCAGGAUGGCAAGCCUGGCACCCCGAAGAGCAGAAACACAGCCCUCAUGAGCAGGGCUUCUCCCAAACUUCAUCCGGGAAAGUAACAGGUACCUGGUUUCGGGCCCCACAGUACAGCUCAGCAAAGGGGUCUUGAUUGUCCUGGGAGGCUACUUCACCCUCAAUUCUACGAGCGCAGGUGUGGAAGUGCCUUAGGAGUGAAAACAUGGUCUGAAGGGACUGGAAGAUCCAGGGUCCCAAAUGGAAUGUUUAAAACAGACAGGGGCGGGCGCCUGGGUGGCUCAGUCCAUUAAACAUCCGACUUUGGCUCAGGUCA